UGCAUCAGCGAAGAGGAGGCAGCAGCAAAAAUAUGCCAUUCCUUUGCACCUGACAAGCCAUCUCGUGGUUGUUGUCUGUUUUUGAAUGCAGUUGCUGAAGCACACAGGACACUCUGUUUAUUUGUCAGUUUGUUGACCGCAUCGCUGAAAGAGACUGAACGGAGGAGGAAAAAAAGAGGUGGAGGCUGGACAGCUGUGACACCAGCAACAGAAGUCGCAUCUGCACAUCAAAUACACAUCAUGCCGGUCCACAGGAGGCAGCCCAGUAUUGAACUACUGGAAUUAAUGGGAGUGGUAAGAGAGAAUGGCAAUGAACAGACAUCACUUCCUCCUGUGCACACUCCACUGUCAUAUGACUAUGUCCUGGUUGCCAAAACAAGUGAAAACCAGGAGAGAGUGGCUUUCAGGAAGCAAACAGAAUACAUUGAAGAAUUGAAAAAGAAGAACAUGAGAGUCACAAAAAUUAUAGAUGAUGAUCUCAUCUUCUAUGGGAUUCAAGCGCCUAAAGAAAUUUUUGAGAAGUACAGGUAUCUGCUCAAAGUGUCUGAUGCUUGUAACUGGAGCUCGGAUCAGAGCAUUAUGCCUCUCAGCACCAGAAUAAGGAUUGUUCACUUUAUCUUGAAUCACACCCCUAUCCAUUCAGGAGAGGGUCUGCGCUGUCUCAUGAAGAUGAAGGUUUUUGAAGCAAAGUUCUGCUUACAUGAGAAAAGGAAACAGAGAGAGCUGAAGGAGAGCUGGGCACGAUGGACAGCCUGUCUCCAAGGGCAACCCAUAACUGCUGUCAGGAACUACUUUGGGGAGAAGGUGGCCUUAUACUACCUGUGGUUGGGCUGGUACACAUAUCUGCUCAUCCCUCCUGCUAUCAUUGGGAUCAUUGUCUUCCUCUAUGGCCUUGCCUUCUUUAACACCUCACCCCUCAUAAAGGAGGUUUGUGAGGCUGACAUAGUCAUGUGUCCACUUUGUGAUAAAUGCAAAGUUUGGCAGCUCUCCGACACCUGCACAUACGCCAAGGUGAGCCUGCUGUUCGAUAAUAAUGGCACAGUGCUUUUUGCGAUGUUCAUGGCCGUGUGGGCAACACUGUUUUUGGAGUUUUGGAAGAGACAUCGGGCUUCCUAUGUGUGUGAAUGGAAAGUGUCUGAUUGGUGUGAGGAGGAGGAGGAACUGAUCCUGGAAAUUGUGAACAAUGCAAACUGUGAACCCAAGGAAUAUAAGCACUCCUACCUGCGCAGCACUUUGGUUUUGAUCUGUGUCACAGUUAUGAUAUUGGUUAUCAUUGGCCUGACACACGCCUUGGUGGUGUUCAGGGUGAUUGCAGCAGUGCUCUUUGCUGAGGGAUCAUGGGAGUUCCUGAGCACCAACUCCAACAGUGGAGCAAUGAUGCUGGGGGCCGUGUUCCACUAUCUUAUCAUCACUGUCAUGACACGGAUUAACAGGAUUGUAGCCAUGAAGCUCUGUGAAAUAGAGGAAACGAGAUCCUUUGCUGCCACAGAGAAAAGUUUCACUGUCAAGAUGUUCACCUUCCAGUUCUUCACCUAUUUCUCCUCGCUCUUCUACGUGGCCUUUUUUCUUGGCAGGAUAAAUGGUCAUCCUGGUGGUUACGUACGAAUCGCAGGGAAAUGGAGGCUUGAGGAAUGUCACCCCAGCGGAUGUCUCACAGACUUGUUCAUUCAAAUGGCGAUUAUAAUGGUUCUCAAGCAAACCAUCAACAAUGUCUUCGAGUUCACUGGCCCCUUGCUCUGCAGGUGGUUGAAGAGGAGAAGAACCCAGAAGCUACAGAGGAAAUGUGCCCACUGUUAUCUGAAAGAUGAGUCAGAGGCCAAACACAGAGCUGAACUGUGUGAUAACUGCAAGCUUCGAGACUGGCUCAACAACUACCGCCUCAAUGAUGUCGACUCCUUCAGCUUGUUCAAUGAGUUCCUGGAAAUGGUCAUCCAGUUCAGCUUUACCACCAUAUUUGUGGCAGCGUUUCCUCUUGCUCCCCUGUUAGCCCUUAUUAAUAAUGUUAUUGAGAUUCGCUUGGACGCCAUUAAGAUGGUCACUCUGGAGCGUAGACUGGUUCCCAAGAAAACCAACGAUAUUGGUGUGUGGACAGAUGUGUUGGAGGCUAUUGGCGUCUUAGCUGUCAUAGCAAAUGGGCUGGUCAUUGGCAUAUCCUCGGACUUCAUCCCACGACUGGUGUACCAUUACUACUAUGGCCCGUGUGCCAAUGGCACAGCAACAGAUACUGACUGCAUGGUUGGCUACAUCAACAACACUCUGUCCAUUGCACGACUCGAUGACCGGAACAUAUACAACGACUUUUCAGCUAGUCAGAUGACAAUUCCUGGUGGCUUGAAUGUCACUUACUGCAGCUAUAAAGACUACAGGAGCAAUGAGGACUACAGUUUUACCCCACAGUUCUGGCUAAUUUUAGCUGUGCGCUUUGCAUUUGUCAUCCUCUUUGAGCAUGUUGUCGUCAUUUUUAAAUUCGUUGCAGCCUGGUUUGUACCGAGCGCUCCCAUGCAGGUCAAGAAUGACAGACUCUUUGAUAAACUCAAAAGACUAAAAGAGGAACUCAGCUCAUUUGAAGCGUGACAGAAUUCAGACACUUCAAUGGGACACAUUUUUCCCCGAGACCAUGAGCCCAGUGUUGCCUUGUGCAGGGUCCAGGCUAUCACAGUGUUGAGUCGACUUCAAAGCCAUUAAUCAUCUCAGUGAAGAGUUCAGACAGAGGCCUCUCGCUCUUCUUUAUUGUUUGGAAUCUGGAUUGUCAUCCAUGAAGUGGACUUUGAGGACAGAUGAUUUUUUCUCGGACAGAACAAAUGUACAGAAACUGAUUUUACUGACCACGUCUUUCAUGAGAUUAUUCUUAUUCUAUUUUAAGAAUGCACUGACGGCUUUCUGGUGGAUCUCUAUAUUUGUGAGUUGUAUGUGAGUGUUUUUAUUGAAAGCCUAAAGAUAAUUUAUACUGCCACUGCAAACACAGUAUCAAUUGUGUGUUAUGAUGUUGCCUUAUAUUGUAAAAAGCGCUGUGAUGAUUGUUGCAUUAUUGCAGAUAGAAUCUAAUGGUGUCUUUUCAGACACAAGAAUGUUUUGCAUUAUAAUAUUUUAUAUAAAUGAAUGAAAGAGGAAACUUUUCUCCUCAUGAAAUGUCUUUUAAAUUCAAGUUUGUCAUUUAAAGUAUGUCAUAGUCAUAGCUGACAUUUUGAAUUUGCUAAAUUACAGCUUUUCUUUGUGCUGGAACCAUAUGCCUUUUUUGUCUAAGGUACAGUAAGGUACAGUAUUUCAACAACAGCUAAAUUUAUGUAACUGUUUAUAAGGCUGAUUUUAGUAUUUCUUGUUGUGUUACUUUUUUAUGCACAAAGGAAGAAUAUUUUCCUGCAAUGUGGAAAAGACCAUUGUGUAGGUAAAUUCAAAGACAAUGUAAUUGAAAUGAAGAGAUACCACCCAAUCUUUUAUAAUGGAGUUUUAAGUUGUAACAAAUGUGUUUA